AUGGAGAAGCUUUCGGCCAUGUGGGAAACUUUCUCUUUGUCUGAAUCUGAGGGAAGCCAAUAUAGGGCGAGUGAAAGUAGCAUGGAGGGGCCAUAUUUAUUGGUAGCAAGGUUUUUCACGGGAAGAGUGCUUAGCAUGGAGGCGAUUGCAAGAACUUUCAAGUUGCUUUGGCACACUAAGAAGGGUUUUGAGGUAAGGGAUAUGGGAAAUCAUUGUGUCCUAUUUGCUUUCAAGGAGGAAACUGAUAUUGUGAAAAUUCUUGCUGGUUACGAGGAUGAAGUUCAAGGGGAGUUUGCAUCAAAUUCACCAAGAGGAAGGCAUGAAGAAUGGGAUUUGAUUGGAGGCAAUAGUGCCCAGCUGGAUGAGAUCGAUGGUGAAUUGUCUCAGUUUGACAAUGUGAAGGGCGAUUUAGAGAUUGCUCAAGAAGGGGUAGGCUCUAGGUUGCUGGGACUAGCCCUUUAUUUGAAGAACUUGUUCACACAGGAGAAGUCUACUUCACUUAAUUUGAAUCGGCAUAAGUUUAACCAAGUACCUAGGAAAUCUUGUCAGGUCCAUGCACCUUUGGAGGUGGUUUUGUCUAAAAGGUCAAGGCAGGACGAGGAUGUGGUUUUGGAGGAAGCAAAUGAGAGGUGUAAGAAACGGACAAUUUUUUCUAAUGAUUUAACGGAGGUUGAUGAAACAUGGUCAUCUAAGGAGUACAUGUUAUGGGUCCGGGAUAGGAUUCAAUGUGUUGGUUGUUUUACGGUUCUAACAGAUGGUAGAGGAGGAGGUGAACCUGAGGCAAACUGUAGGAGAGAGGGGUGGAACAUGCUUCGCAUGCUGAGUUCAAAACCGAAGCUUUCGUGGUGUUGCUUUAAAGAUUUCAAUGAAUUGCUUGAAGUGCAAGAUAAGAAAUGUGGGGCACCGAGAGCUCAUAAUUUAAUGGAAAACUUUCAGGAUGUAUUAGACUUCUGUGGCUUUGUUGAUUUGGGAUAUUCAGGUCCAGAUUUCACUUGGAGAGGGAGACAGAGGGGUGAGAUGAUUUGGGAGAGAUUGGAUAAGGGUGUUGCAAACUAUGAAUGGUUGACUAAAUUUCCCACGGAUUGGACCAAGGAGUGGCUUUGGAGGGCUGAAGAUGUCUCGGCUAGGUUUGGGAAUUGUGAGGUGGUUGAUCGGCUGAAGAAAGAGUUGAAUGUUUUAUAUGACAAUGAAGAAAAAAUGUGGCAACAAAGGUCUCGUAUACAAUGGUUGAAAAAUGGGGAUCAAAAUACUCGUUUUUUUCAUGGGUCUACAACAGAAAGGAAAAGGCAGAAUUUUAUUAAGGGGUUGCGGGAUGAGCAGAGAGUGAUGCAAAAGGAUGAAGGGGCUGUUUCGACCCUCCUUGUUGAGUACUACACUAAACUUUUUACCUCUUCUAACCCACAGGAUUUAGAUCACAUUUUGGAUGGAGUUCAAUCUGUGGUUACUGAUGAGAUGAAAGUAGAGCUUGGAAAACCCUAUACUAGUGAGAAGGUUGGUGAAGCUAUAAGGCAGAUGGCACCACUUAAAGCUCUAGGCUCGGAUGGUAUGCCCCAUCUGUUCUACCAAACUUACUGGACGGACGUAGGUAUGGAUGUUACUCAGGCUGUGUUCUCUAGUUUAAAUUCGGGGUUUGUUCUUAACCGGGAGAAAGUUACUGGUUUUAGACCUAUAAGCCUCUGCAAUGUGAUUUAUAAAACAAUCAGUAACGUGCUAGCUAUUCAUCUUAAACCUAUGCUUCACUCCAUAAUUUCAAAAACUCAAAGUGUGUUUAUUGCAAAUAGAUUGAUCUCAGAUAAUUUCUUAAUUGCUUUUGAGUCCUUACACCAUAUGAAGACGAAUGACAUAGGGAAGAAUGGUUUUAUGGCUAUGAUAUUGGAUAUGAGCAAAGCUUAUGACAUGGUGGAAUGGUCUUUUCUUAAGCAAAUCCUUCUCAAAUUGGGAUUCUAG